UCGCCUUAAAGCCCUAUUUGAAAUAUGUGCAAACCGUCAGGUUAUCUAAGUGCAGCUAAUUGAAAGAGUUCCUCCCAAGGUUAUAAGAAAAAGUGCCUGAGAGAGAAGCAAACUCCAGCCUGUGUUGAAACUCUAAUUCCCAGAGGCCUUUGUUCCUACAGCCCUCCAGUCUGAACAGAGAGCAGCCGUGACUCCCAGGACUCAAAGGCAAGCGCACUGCUUCAAUCCACGGAAGCCAUGACAAAGACAACCACUUGCGUAUACCACUUCCUUGUUUUGAACUGGUACAUUUUCCUCAAUUAUUACAUCCCACAUAUUGGAAAGGAUGAAGAGAAGUUAAAGGAAUUCCAUGAUGGUGGACGUUCAAAGUACUUGACACUCCUUAAUCUGGUCUUGCAGGCCGUCUUCUUUGGGGUCGCCUGCCUGGAUGAUGUGCUGAAAAGAAUCGUAGGAAGGAAAGACAUCAAGUUCAUCACAUCCUUCAGAGAUCUACUUUUCACCACACUGGCUUUUCCUAUCUCCACGUUUGUAUUCCUGGUAUUCUGGACCCUCUUUCACUACGAUCGAAGUCUCGUUUACCCCGAGGGCCUGGAUGAUUUCUUUCCAGCAUGGGUUAAUCAUGCAAUGCAUACCUCCAUAUUGCCCUUCUCGCUGGUUGAAGCCAUUCUCAGACCACACCACUAUCCAUCGAAGAAGCUAGGACUCGCCUUGUUGGGUACUUGUAACAUUGCCUACAUUAUCAGGAUCCUGUGGCGCUACUCUCAGACCGGAAACUGGGUGUACCCUGUGUUUGCCUACCUCAGCCCACUGGGUAUUAUCAUCUUCUUCUCAGCUGCUUACAUCCUGAAUGCCGGCAUCUACCUUCUUGGAGAGAAGAUCAAUCACUGGAAGUGGGGUGCCACAGUGAAGCCAUGGAUGAAGAAGAAAUGACUGCACACUAUUUUCCAAGAGCCAUGGAAGAAGAAACCUAAGAACUGGUCAUCUAUCUAUUAUUCUCAUUAUCAUUAUUUCUUUUGAGAUCAGUGGUAGACUAGCAUGGGGAGACAGAAAGGACAGAGAAUGAGGCAUACAUUUAAUAAAGGGUAUGAAGGGAGCUUUGCUUGAGAUCUCUUGGUUUUCUAAAAGGCUGAUAGACAAUUCCUGGUGUAUCAGAAUCCAUUGUUGUUGUCUGACCUCCAUGGAGGAUUGGUUCUGACUAAAAAGGUAGAAGAAGCAUGGGUAAACUUGAUGGUAGACUAUGUAGAGAAGGGGUGUGGAAAGAGUCAUCCAAUCACUUUACGGGGAGUAGGGGGGGGGGAGAUGGUGAAGACCCAGAUGACAAGUUAUAUCCAUCAAAACCAUUGUCAUGCUGGAAUAGCAGUGUACACGGGUAUUUCCAGCAUGCUGGAUGCUAAAUCAGAAAGAUCAUGAAUUCAAGGCUGUCCUGGGCGGUUGAGUAAGACCCUGUAGUGGUUUGAAAGAAAACGGCCCCCAAAGGGAGUGGUACUAGUAGGAGAUAUGGCUUUGUUGGAGUAGAUGUGGUCUUGUUAGAGGAAUGUGUCACUGUGGACACGGGCUUUGAGGUCCCAUAUAUGCUCAGGCCAUGCCCAGUGAGACAGAUUACUUCCUGUUGACUGCCUAUCAAGAUGAAGGGCUCUCAACUCCAGCACUGUGUCUGCCUACAUGCUACCAUGUUACACCAUGAUAAUGGACUAAACCUCUGAAAAUGUAAGCCACCCCAAAUAAAUGUUUUUCCUUUAUAAGA